AUGGCCCCCAAAAGACCCAGAGGAAGUGACAGGCGUAAGAGGACACAGUUCAGCGAAAGCCAACUUCAGGUUCUUAUCAAGGCCUUUGAGAAGGACCAAUACCCUGACAUCACUGUCCGAAAAAAGCUAGCCAAGCAGAUCCAGAUUCCUCACUCCAGAAUCCAGGUGUGGUUUCAGAACCGGAGAGGGAGGCAAUCAAAGAACUCCAGGAGGAGGUCCGGUGGGGAGGUAGACGCUGCAGCUCCCGGAUGCUGCCAGGGUGCAUCCCCUGCCUGCGGCCACCAAAGCCUCCAGGGCCGUUCCCCACCACGUGGCUCCGGCUUCGGAACUCUCCAGAGCUACCCCGACGACCAGCAUGCUUCUGGGUCAGCAGUGCUCCGGGCGCACACUGGUGUGCUGGGCGCCAAUGUGGCCUCUCCCGACCUGGAGCCUCCAGCCCAGAUACUGGGGGAAUCUUCUGGGAGUUCCCAUCACUCUUCGUCUUCGGGAUUCAGCCCUUCAGCUAUGGGUGCAUUUUAUGCUCCCCAAUACACCUUCCAGGAAGCAGCUGGUGGCAUAGACACUCGUCUGGGGGACCCCAGGUCAUUUGUAUAUGAGGCCUGGGCCCCGCCAGGGCAGGUGCAGUAUUUUCCUUCUGAUGAGCAGCAGCCAUGGGGGGCUGGCAGCCUCUACCUGCUCGCCAGCAGCCACCGCCCCAGCAACCUGGAGCCUGGAUGCAGCCACCCCAGCCCCCUUCAGUCUGGGAACCCAGUCUGGGAACCCUGGCUGGAUCCUGCUGGGACCACAGGCCUCCAGGGGGAGGAGGAGACCUAG